AUCAUUAUAGUGGGUGCUGGAGUGUUCGGCUUGACCACGGCCCUCCAUCUUGCGCAACGUGGCUACAAGAAUGUCACUAUUCUUGACCGCGAGGCAUAUGACCAGACUGGCUACACCAGUGCCGCAGCAAGUGCUGAUCGCAACAAGAUCAUCCGGGCCUCGUACGGAACACAAAAGCUCUACGAGAACCUUGCUUUCAAGGCCCUUGAUCUCUGGGAGGAGUGGAACUCGGAGAUUCGGAAUGCGAGUGACUUGCCCGAUUCGCUCUUCUUCAACGAUCGUCUUUGGGACAACUGCGGAUUUGUUCGUGCGGGCGAACUCCCUGGUCUCGACCCACAAGAGACUGCCACCCAGGACGGUUUUCCUGAGGCGCUCAAGGACACUCAGUACCGCCUGUCGGACGAGUCUCGCAGGAAGGAUGCGCAGAUGAAUGGAAUCGCCCCUGCCAAGCUCGAUCUGUUCGAUCGCUUCCAACGAGGGCUUGGCUUGGAUGGCAUCUUCGACGGGACGGGUGGAUACGUUGCCGCAGACAAAUCGUGCUCGUGGGUCCUUCAUCUCUGCCAGAAGCUGGGAGUCCAACUCAAGCUUGGCCAUCAAUACGCGUUCACAGAAUUCAUCCGUCAAGGCUCAAAGAUCGUCGGCGUCAAGACAGGGGUCGAUGGCACCCCAUUCCUUGCCGACUUGGUGAUCGUUGCUGCCGGCGGCUGGACUCCAUCCAUCAUUCCCGAGAUCACCGAUCUCCUUCAAACCACAGCGGGCAGUGUUGCAAAAAUCCAACUGCCACCUCAGACUGAGCGGCCCGAUUUGUGGAAGAAGUACAGUUCGUCAGAGUUCCCUUGCUGGUCCUGGCGCCUUACUGGAAGCACUAUGCAGGGUACCGAGGUCGGCGGUAUCUAUGGUUUCCCUCGCACCCAGGAUGGUUUGAUCAAGAUCGGUUUCCGCGGGACAAAGUGGACGAAUAUGGCAUACAGUAAUGCCGAAGGGCGCUUGAUUUCUUACCCUACAACCAGCGCAGAGGGUCUGCCCAACAAGGCUCUCGACAAGAUUCGCGAAUUCUGCAGGGAAAACAUGCCAGACCUGGUAGGGUUACCCAUCUCCACG